AAGAUUUAGCCAUAAAAUUUCUUAAAAACAAGUAUAAACUUUAUACAGCUCUCUUUAAAGGUUGAGUAACUGGAUAGUAAUGAUGAAACAAAAAGAAAAUAAAUGCAGCAGUACUCCAUUUCAGAGAGACACUAUGUGCCAGCUUCAACAGAAACUCCUAAGUCAGAGUUUAUGCAGUUACACAUAUGUAAUAUGGCUUUCAUUUAGUAUUUUAUAAAGUUCUGCAUACAAUUGUUUCCUUAUAUUCUGUGAAUUUAUUUUUAUAUUAAUCACUUGAUUUUGUAAACAUACAAGGAAAAUGAAUGAAAUGUUCAAAGAAUGAACUGUGUACCAUAACACAGAAAUAGUGCUUUUCUGUCGCCAAAAUUGGCACAAUGGACUUGUGAAGGAACUCCCUUUGGACUAGGUCCACUGUGGAUGGCAUCCAGGGCUAAUGUUAGUGGCUAACGUAUUGUUCCCUGUAGGGUUAUAUGCUUCCUUUGAACCUGGCAAACCACUAUCAGCUGUGACCGUCAUCAAGGACAUUGAUAAUACUUAAAGAUUAGUCGUUUUCUGUGUAUAUUUUAGUGUUAUAGACUGCAAUUCCAAAUUAGACUUGCUUUUAGUGUAUCAUUUUACACCGUUAAUCUAUAAUUCAUUACCUGAGCACACCAGGGGAGGUAGUGUUGUAAAUUGUACACUGGUAAGCUACUCAGUGAAACCAUGCUUUGUAUUUUUAACGUGUAUAAUUAUAUUUAAAAUCAAGCAAGACUUAGUUUUAUGCCUGAUUUUUUUUGAAAACAUGGAUUUGUUAUCUGAGGGUUGCAGUUCAUGACGUUUUAAUACUGUAUUAAUAUGUUUGCUGCGGCUACCAAGAGCUUUGUCAAACAAGUUGGAGAUGGAGGGAGAUUAGUUCCCGUUCCAAGCCUCAGUGAGGCUGACAAAUACCAACCUCUAAGUCUGGUGGUAAAAAAGAAGAGAUGUUUUCUGUUUCCUAGAUAUAAAUUUACUUCAACACCCUUUACGCUGAAAGAUAUUCUUCUAGGAGACAGAGAAAUUUCAGCUGGUGUUUCAUCUUAUCAGUUACUGAAUUAUGAAGAUGAAUCAGACGUUUCACUUUAUGGAAGGCGAGGCAACCAUAUUGUGAAUGACGUUGGGAUUAACGUUACUGGAUCAGAUUCAGUUGCAGUAAAAGCUUCAUUUGGUGUAGUAACCAAACAUGAAGUGGAAGUAUCAACAUUACUCAAGGAAAUUACUACACGAAAAAUUAAUUUUGACCACAGUUUGAUACGUCAGUCAAGGAGGAGCAGAAAGGCAGUAUUGUGUGUGGUCAUGGAAAGCAUCCGAACCACACGACAGUGCUCACUGUCUGUGCACGCUGGAAUUCGUGGGGAAUCCAUGAGGUUUCAUUUUAUGGAUGAACAGAAUACCAGGGGAAGGGACAAAGCUAUUGUUUUUCCAGCACACACAACCAUAGCUUACAGUGUUUUCGAACUCUUCAUUUACUUGGAUGGUGCCUUUGACCUUUGUGUCACUUCAGUGUCAAAAGGAGGAUUUGAAAUGGAAGAAACGGCAACAUUUGCACUGCUCUACAGAUUGAGAAAUAUACUAUUUGAAAGAAAUAGAAGAGUGAUGGAUGCCAUUUCUCGUUCACAGCUUUACUUAGAUGAUCUUUUUUCUGACUAUUAUGACAAAUCUCUCAGCAUGAGUGAUAUUUCACUCAAAGAAGGGACUCAUAUCCGAGUUAAUUUACUUAAUCACAGCAUUCCAAAAGGACCUUGCAUACUCUGUGGCAUGGGGAGCUUUAAAAGGGAGACGGUUUAUGGGUGCUUUCAGUGCUCUGCCGAUGGGCAGAAGUAUGUGAGACUUCAUGCAGUUCCUUGUUUUGAUGUUUGGCACAAGAGAAUGAAAUAAAAUGGAAAGUCAAUGUA